AUGCCCAGUCUUGAUCAAAGUGGUAUGGCAGCACCAUGCGUGGAAACACCAGCUGGCGCCUCGGCAGAGAAACGCAGAAUAGCAAAGGCUGCACGUUUGAGAAGGAUCAAGCAACAGGAGGACGACAGUAUUAUGGGUACAAAUGAUAGUAGUAUUGUAUCAAAGAGGAGCGUUUCUAAGCUGUACUACCCUGAUGAGCCCGACUUCUACGAACCCGUGACUGCAAGGUUUCAAAGGAGACAUCCCCUAAUAAACCGUGGCUACUGGCUACGUAUGCAAGCUGUGGAACAUACUGUAUUACAAUUCCUUGAUGAGAAUCAAGGAAGUCCCAAGGCGGUCGUGAAUCUUGGCUGUGGAUACGAUCCAUUACCAUGGCAAUUCUGGCAUAGAUACCCUACGAGGUGUGAGGGAACGCUUUUUGUUGAUGUUGACUACCCGGAUCUUAUUCGGAAAAAAGAGUCGUUCAUUUCUCGUAGCCCCUUACUUCAACAGGAAGUACCAGCUCUGUCCAGCGUGGGCCCUGAGAGUAACACGGUUCUCACCUGCGGCGAAAAGUAUGCUCUCGUUGGCUGUGACCUCCGGGAACUGAAGCAAUUCGAGAAAUUGCUUUUGGAAAUUCUCAAUCUGCGUGGAACAAGCAUUCUCUUCAUUGCAGAAGUCUCGAUGACGUAUAUGCGAGUUGAUGAUGCAGAUGCGUUGAUUAGAUGGGCGAAUACCAUUGAGCAUGCACAGUUCUGCAUGUUAGAGCAGUACCUUCCGGAUGGGUCUAGUCACCCCUUCGCAGCUACAAUGCUUGCGCAUUUUAACAAGCUCGGCACUCCGCUACAGGCCAUACCGCGAUAUCCAAGACUUGAAGACCACCGGGAAAGAUUUGGAAGACUCGGCUGGCCUAGUGUGCAGGUACAAAGUCUCUGGACUUUGUGGAACAACCUUCAGAUAGUAAAGACACACCAACGGCAUUCACUCGACAUUGCGGAACCUUUUGAUGAGUGGGAAGAGUUUGCUCUUUUUGCAGGCCACUACUUCCUGCUGAUCGCGUCAAAUGGACCCUUGCGUACGAAAUUGGAAUGCUCAGACGAAACCGGGACGCCCAAGAUUUCUGCCACGGAUGCGGUGGAAGAGCCACGAAAGGCUUUAUCUUUCUCUCCAAUCGAGUUUACCGAUAAAGCGAAGUAUGGAACGAAUGCAGGUGUCCGUCGGUUUGCGGCGUGUGUGAGGAGCCAGAACGAGGUCGUUUGUUCCGGUGGCCUUGGUGCACAUGGUCGACUAACAUCCGAAGACGUCUGGUCCAGGGGCCUGGAAGUACCAGGAACAGAUACGCCUAUCCGGUGGACUUUGACCGAGAGACAAAGCAACAUGCCUGAGUCUCGUGUGAGCCACACUAUCACAAAGCUUGGGAACAAAUCGAACGGGACCUUGCUCAUGGCUGGUGGAAGAUCUUCCCCCAAGACCGUGUUCGAAGACUGUUAUCAAUUUGAGGAUAACCAAUGGUCGCUGUGUGGUACAUUGCAGCCUGGCCGCUUCAGACACUGUGUCGUUCCUACUUCUACCGGAAUCCUAACGACAGGUGGGAAGACUGCAGCAGGAGAAGUACUCAGUGAAUGGAGGUACUGGUCGAAGCUUGCGGGAUGGGUAAAAAUCACAUUGCGUGAAAAGGACCACGUCCCUCCUGCCCGAUUUGGCGGUGUCAUGUGCCGGAGACCUGGAGGUGAUAGAGGAAUUCUCUUUGGGGGCAUGGACAAGAAUGGAAUAGUCCUGACAGACAUGUGGGAAUGGCAAUUUAAUCUUACGGAACAGGGCCCGCAGGUGUCUUGUAGGCCAAUUUCUGUUAGCAUCGCCCAAGCCAUAGAAGGGGCUAAUUAUAGUCGAUUCGGCGCAAACCUCAUUGCCGUCCCUGGUUCCAGUCAGCACUCUCCUGUAUCAUCUGCCAGCUACAGCUUUAUGCUUGUUGGGGGUAUUAGCCACAAUGGCGUUAUACCCGCGUCUGAGGAAAUUGUUUGGCUUAAUUUCGUCGAAAGACUAAUAGAAGAUGCCGUUCACCCUUCGGCCUGCAGAGUCCUAACAAAAGGGUGCUACCAACGUCUCCCGGCUACGUCCAUCAGGAAUCCUCGACCACUUCUCAUUGGAUGUGCAGCAACAAAAGUUUCUGACGAUCAAGAUAUACAAAUCUCAGAAAUUGAAGGCGUUCACGAAGAAUACGAUAUCGCUCAUAUGUACGAAGUUCUCAUCUGCGGCGGGGGUGCCGUAUGCUUCUCUUUUGGUAGCUUCCAUAAUCGAACAAGCUACUCAUUAGUAGAAGAUUUUGGUACACUAGGACGCAAGAAUAUAUUGCGUUCACCGCAUGUAUACGAUGCGCAGAAGGUCUAUGGUGGCAUCCCUCAGGUUGAGGAGAUCAAGGUCAACACCAAGGAAGAUUUUGAUAUGAUCGUUACCAAUGCAAAACCCGUCAUCAUCCGUGGGUCUGAUGUAGGCUCUUGUACCGAAUUAUGGACGCACGAGUACUUGGUUGAGCAUAUUGGUGCCGAAACAGAGAUCAUAGUCCAUUCAUGCCCAAACAAUCGCAUGACUUUCUCACAGAAGAACUUUUCAUACGUCAAACAGGCCUUUGGCGACUUUAUCAAGGCCAUUCAAUCAGGCGAGAAACUAUACCUCCGUUCAGUCUCAAAUAAGCAGCCCUUCAAACAACCGACGAAGCUCGACCUGGACUUCCCAGGUCUUGCCGCAGACUUCCAGCUUCCAGGUGCAUUGCAGCGAGUCAAGGAUGCAUUGCAUAGCUCGCCACUGAGGAUAUCUGGCCCUGUCAGGCUCUGGCUCCAUUAUGAUGUACUAGCAAACGUUCUAUGCCAGGUUCGUGGGACAAAGACCAUAAGGCUGUAUCCGCCAGGCGAUGUUGAUCUUCUUGGUUUUGGACCGGGGUCAUCAAGUUCAAAUAUCGAUGUAUUUGGUACUGAAAUAAUUCCUCAUACAUGUCCUGUCGAUGCAAAGUUACAACCUGGCGACAUCUUAUACAUACCUCCAAUGUGGAUGCAUGGAGCCAUGCCAACAGCAGGAAACAGUGUCGCAGUGAAUUGUUUCUUCAGAAACCUGGAGACGGGCUAUGCGAUGGGCAAAGACGUGUACGGCAAUCGAGACCUACAAUCGUACGAACAAGGACGAAGAGAUGUCGAAAAGUUGGUACGAUCGUUCGAUGGGAUACCCAGGGACAUUCGACGAUUCUAUCUUCAGCGGUUGGCGGCUGAGUUGCGAUCUCAUGCUGGGGGCGAAGAGUGUGUCGAGGCCGAGGAGGAUCAGCAUUGACAGCUAGAAACUCAGAAACUAUCUUUCUGAUCACACGAUGGUACUGCGUUCCACGGUCGUGCUGCGGAUUGUCAGAAUCGGCAACACGUCACACCAGUAAUGACACCUGUACCCCUCCUCUUCCCCAGCUGCAGCAGUAAGCAUCGGAGGUUACUCCGAGAUCUUGAACAGGCAAAGUCCGCGUGGUCAUCUCACUCUGGAGUUUAAACACAGCCCCGAUGAAGGAACUAUAACCUCAUAUGUCACAACAUUGUGGAGGAGACGACAGAGCAUAGUGGAGAUGAUGGGCCAGAGGGUAACCGUACUUAAUAAUAACG